AACAGCACCUCAGAAUUAUAUAAAGAAUUUGCUACCCGAAUUCUGGAUGGCAUGCAGGCACAUCCAAAUGUUACAACUGUAGUAGAGAAGGUCAGAGAGAUCAUCAGUAACCUGAGGUACCAAGUCAAUAUACUCCUUAAGGAGGCUGCUAACAAUUAUUAUUAUAUCCAAAAGUAUGGUAACAAUCUAAAUGACCAAAACCUUCAUGAAUUCAUCAUGAUAAUGUAUGGCAGCAUAUUCACUGACUCCACUCAUGGGG